AUGGCAGCGCCCGUGCAGGCGCUCGCUGGGUCUCAGCUGGGAAGCGGCAGCUCUGCUUUCUUGGCUGGCUUGACCCCACUGAAGCGUUGCCGCAACCCACACGAAGUGGCCCCUGUUAAACUCUAUGAAAAAGUGAAACGUGAGAUUAAUGUGAAAAAACUUCUGCAAGAGGGAAAAGUGUCUCGACAAGCUGCGAAAGAUGAUGGUAAGAGUGUUCUGCUAGCCCCAAGUGCUCCAAUGUCAUCAUCGGGUUGUCUUAAUGAUCUGGGAAGCCGGACUAAAGAGGAAGAAGGAGGCAGAAGCGAAAGCAUUGAGGAGUGUAAAAUAACUACAAGUCAAGAAGCAAUCGGUUCAGAACUUAACCCGAUCUCAGCUGUAGGAAGUGCUUCCAAGAAGAGUUUUACCAGAAACCCUCGAACUUCUGCUCCAAAGGAGGUGUCAAGAGAGAGUGGUGAAAGUCAUCACGUGCAGGAUCAUAAGGAGCCAAGUACACCAAGCAAACCGAAAGGUGCUGAAGCUGCAACUAAACCCAGCAAAAAGGAUGAUGGAAAUGCAGCAUUUUCACUGCGGCAGUGCUCUAUAGAAUGCUUGGGUUUUGCAGACAAAGUACGCGGCCCUGUAACAGCACUGGAUAGACUAGCACAAACGACAAACGUGGCAAAUGUUUCUGAAGUGGAGAAAUACGUUCUGUCUUUACCAACAUCCAGAUGGAAGGGUCCUCGGUCUCGUUUCACGUCGCCUACUACAGAAAAUAGUGGAAUGAAUCCUGUGAGAACCGACACUCCAACAAUUCGACAAUGUGUGUCAUUGAAACUUAAAUCUUUUUCAGAAAUUUUAGCUGAAACUCAAAGGGAAGAUUCGGUGUGCAGCGGUGAUAGCCUCGACCAACUGUCUUUGGCAGAAAGUAAAGGCUUAAAACAAAGACGAAAUAGUAAACAACACACACCAGGGAAACCUGUAAAAGAAGGAGCGCUGGGAGAAACUUGCGAUCAGGCAAACUUUGUUAACUCCAAAGAGGGACGUCCUGAAACUCCUGCUGCUUUGCCUAAUCCCACGAGUCCCAGCAGAAAUAACAGGCAAAGUAAAGAAUUUUCAAACAAAAGUGUCCUUUCAGAGACACCGGCUUCAGGAGCGUUGACGCCAGACCUGGCAUCUCCUGCUGAUCAGAAAUCCGACUCUGGAAGACCAAGGGGGAAGCGCAGGACCUCUGGACCGGUGAUGGCAAAAGCAUUGGAGAAGAAUGGUGUUGAAGAUCAUCACGAUCAGACUACAGAGAGAAAAGACAGUGGAACUAAAGACGAGCUGGCCACGAAGGGGUAUCGUCAGGAGCAAGGUCUGGAGGAUGCCGGUGUUAUAAGACCUCGUAGGUUGUCAUCAAAGAGAAGGUCUUCUGGAAGUACCGCCACACCGAAAGGCAGCGAGGCUGUCUCAGAAACGAGCAGUUCUGCCCUGUUGGCUGGAGAAGAAUCAGGCAAGACAAAAAGGAUCUCUCAGAAGAGGAAAAGUGGUGAUUUGUUACUUCAGACUUUAGGAAAAAGAAAGAGAGUGUCUUUCGGUGGUCAUCUAAGUCCAGAACUUUUUGAUAAAAGUUUGCCUCCCAACUCGCCCGUUAAAAGAGGGGCGACUCCAGCCAGACUGAGCGUGCCGUUUGGAAACUCGCCACGUGCCGUUCUGAAAAAGGCUCAGGGGCUGAAGCACUCUGCAGCCCAGAAAGAAAAAAUGUCACCAAAAAAUUUGCCAGCCCGGAAGUCCCCAGCGGCCUCAUCCCCGGGCUCUGGGAAGGCAACGCCUGAUUUUACUUUAGGCUCUCCAGCCCCUUACACCAAAGGACGUUUCUCCGUUUCUCUUGUCACGAUGCCGUUACCGAUUGCAGAAGAGAACGAUGCUGUGGUGGAAGACGUGAAUACAAAGGAGAAAAGCGGUGCCCGAGUGAGAUCACCUAAACCUUCUCGUGUUGAUCAAGAUGGUAAAGCCUUUUUAACGGCUACACCUGACAGAUUAAGAAAUGCCCAGCUUGCUCUGAAGGUCACUCCCAUGAAGAGGAGAAGCGGGGCUGUAGCCGUUAUCAACGCAAAAAGGAGGAGUGGGGCUUCUAGUGCCAACUUACUAGAAAGAAAAAUAAAAGGUCAUUUCAGUACAGGUCAUGCAGAGUCACCUGCUACAAUAGUUGUAGGUAGAGCAUAUUCCACCACAGUCAGAACGGCUGGACAGGUCCCUAAAGUGGUGAAAAAUCCUGUCUUGAAGCUCAACAUGAACAUGGAUGAAAGCUUCACAGGAGUGACUGAAAUGUUUCAAACUCCGGAAAACAAGAGUGGAAAACCAUUACCUUUGGUCCCUGUUCAGAGGAUGGAUUUUACACCACCAUGUACUGCAGCAGAAAUCUCUGAAUUGCACACACCUGAAGAAUGUGGAGAGAUGAUGGUGUCACCAUUAAAUAGUUCAGAUGCUUCAGAACAGAAACAAGACAGUCCAGGCAUUUGUUGCUUUCUGAGAGGGGAGUAUCGAGAAUCUAUCUUCAAUGCAAUAUCCACAGAAACUCCUGAAAAAAGAAAAGCUAUGCUGGAAGAAAAUAUUGGUGUGGAUAGUUUGUCAAUAAUUCCAGAAAAACAAGCAUCUCGGGUGAAAUCAGGAAGUAGGAGGAGGACUCCAAAGCAGAAGAUGGAGCCUGUAGAGGCUUUGUCGGGCGUCAAGCGGCUCAUGAAGACCCCAAAGCAGAAGAUGGAGCCUGUAGAGGCUUUGUCGGGCGUCAAGCGGCUCCUGAAGACUCCAAAGCAGAAAUCGGNNNAGCCUGUAGAGGCUUUGUCGGGCGUCAAGCGGCUCAUGAAGACUCCAAAGCAGAAAUCGGAGCCUGUAGAGGCUUUGUCGGGCGUCAAGCGGCUCAUGAGGACCCCAAAGCAAAGAUCAGAGCCUGUGGAGGAUUUGUCGGGCAUCAAGCGGCUCCUGAGGACCCCGAAGCAGAAGUCGGAGCCGCUGAAAUAUCCACCAGUAGAAGACAUGAUUGGGGUCAGCCGUAUUUUCCAGACACCAAAAGAAAAAGCUGAACCCGUAGAAGAUGUAUAUGGUAUUAGUAGAUUAGUGAAGACUCCGCGAGAGAAGCAUCAACCAGUUGAUGAUUUUGUGGGUCUGCAAAGGCUUAUGGCAGAACCCAAACAGAAACGAUCCGAUUUUGAAGUGGACUAUGCUGGAGUUACAGAAAUGUUUGAUACACCAGAGGAAAUUAAG